AGCUAUGUAGCUAAGCCAAUUGCAUUAGUAUUAUUAUUAUUAUUAUUAUUAUUAUCCUCAUCAUCAUUAAGCAGUGAACAUACCGGAAUUUCCGCAGGUCUGAAAUCUGCAGGGAGAGAUGUUUUGUUUCCGGCUGCGACUGUGGCUUCAGUCCGCCCGGGUCUGCACUGUUCACCAACAGAAUGCCCAUAAACUGGCUUCACUCCAGAAAGCCACAACACUUCCCCCAAAGAAAGUCCAAAGCUUACUUUACCCUUUUAGUGAGCUGGAGACUUACCUGGACAGGUCUGUGGACAGGACACAGUUCCAACUCUUUCAUCCCAGUGUGGAGGACAUGGUUAAAGCAGAAAAGCUCUUCUCCUCUUCACCUUCUCAUAAGAUUGAUUACUACAUCUCUGCAGAGAGGAUGGACCAUGUACCUGCACUGGAGCAGCCUGAGGUGUGUUUCAUCGGCAGAAGCAACGUGGGCAAGUCGUCUCUAAUCAAAGCUCUGUUCUCCUUGACUCCUGAGGUGGAAGUCAGAGUCUCCAAAACUCCAGGACACACAAAGAAGAUGAACUUCUUCAAAGUGGGAAGAGCUUUCACCAUUGUGGACAUGCCAGGCUAUGGGUACAGAGCCCCCAAAGACUUUGUAGAUAUGGUGGAGCCAUAUCUUAACAAAAGGAAAAAUCUGGUGAGGACGUUCCUGUUGGUCGAUGGUAGUGUUGGGAUUCAGAAGGCCGACCUGAUCGCCCUGGAGAUGUGUGAGGAAUUCAGACGUCCAUAUGUGAUGGUGGUGACCAAAAUGGACAAAUGCAGGCCCGGCACGCUGCUGACGAACUUACUUCAUCUUCAGAACGUGGUUAAAACACAAACCACAAGCUGCUUCCCACAGCCAUUUCUGGUCAGCUCUGUCCAGUUUUGGGGGAUCUACCUCCUGAGAUGCUUCGUUGCCCAUGUAACAGGGAACAUCAUGUUAACAGAAUCUUCUGAAAACUGACAAGAGGCUGGGACUUACCAUGCUCUUAUCACCUUCUCUUGAAUUUCUUCAUAAAGGCAGAGAUGAGUGUGACUCAAGAUUUGACAGCGACCUCUUUGUGGAUUUUAUUCGUCAGUGUUAUGUGUGAUUAAUAAUGGAAGACGUGGGGUGGAGGGGAGCUCUUGAGCGUAGGAACACCAUUAGUUGUCUACAUGUAGCUGAAGAUGUUUUUAUUUUCAAAUAAAAUAUCAAAUCCACUCGUGUUGUUUUGGCUGGUUUUAGAGGGAUACAUUAAAUCACUGCUUCCAGAAUGCAGACAGACACACACAGGUCUGCUACAUGUUUGUGGACACUUGAACAUUUCACCACUGUGGUUUCUAAACAUUUCAAAACCAUGGGCAUUAAUCUGCAGUGUCCAGAUGAGACCUGUCCACACAGACUCAGUGCUUU